AUGUACGAGAUGCAAAGAUGCCAUGUUACUGAGCAGUGUGGCAACAGAUUUGCGGUCGCGUCGGGGCUUGGCUCUGACCAGGAAGAUAGAAUCACCAAAUCCUGUGUGCUGGGUGUGGACUUUGGUCAACGCCAUACGGGACUGGCCAUAAGCAGCACAGGGGGAUUCGCUGCCAGACCUUUAAAGGUGCUGAGCAGGCGAUUGAAGCCCAUUGAUCUGUUGAGGAUGACUGCUGAUCAAGUGUUGGGAGUCGCCCUCAGCGAGGGUGCCGACCGCAUCGUUGUUGGGAUGCCAGUAACUUUGGAGGGGGACAUCAAUGAUAAUAGGACAGACUCAAAACAUGGUCGACGUUGUCGAAAUUUUGCAAUCACUUUGGCUUCCAAAGCCAGGCCACAUGGAAUGAAGAUCUUCCUGUGCAAUGAGGCGGGCACUACGCUGGGGGCCGUCCGCAGUGACUCGCUAGGGGGUUUGGCGUCCUCGGAUCUCCUGUCCCUGGAGGGAGCAGACGGCGAAUGGCUGCCAAGACGCUUAGGUGCAAAAAACAAGAAGAAGGCAAAGAAGGGCUGCGUAGACGCAAAGGCGGCUGCACUGUUGCUGCAAUUGUACCACAGGAGCCCGAAAACAGCGAUUGAGGUCCACCCACCAGAAGCAUCAUGA